CAUUGCUAAUAGUUUGAGGUGUUACUAAGGAUGAUCUUUCUCAGAUAAAAAAUUGAUUCAUGUAGAUAUUGGUUCAUUUGUUUCUCACUAUUUGUUUGAUUAUGCCUGUGAUGGACCAUUUGUGAUUUUUAUUCUUUAAGUGAGAUUCCUUUGAUUUGCAUGAGUUGUUUUUCUGCAUGGGCAUCCACAAUGGUAGAUUUGCUAACUUGGGGUAUUUUACAAUAUGCUUCCUUAAUGACUAUGGGGCUAAUUAAUGAUAACUUAAGAAAGGUGGAACUGCAUUUUCAAUUUUUAAUAUUAUAGGGGGAGGGAUUUGGCGACAAAACAGUAACAACAACAAGGUCCUCGUUCCAACAAUCUUCCCCUAAUUCGCAGCCUCAACCCUUGUUCAUCAAGCGAACCCUAAUUCUGAGCAACCCUGAAUCUCUGGUCAUAAGUGGUGGGCGGAGCUGCAAACAGCAAGAGAAUAACACAGCGAGCCAACCUCCGAAGAAAGGAGAAUGAGUUACAUGUUAACAACGUUGUCGAAGAAGAAAGAAGUGGAUUCCAUCAUCAGAGACACCAUCGAUAAGGUCCUUGUCCUCCGCUUUGGUCGUGCCUCUGACCCUGUCUGUCUCCAGCUCGAUCAAAUUCUUUCUAAAGCAGCAAGGGAUGUGUCCAAGUUUGCAACAGUGUCACUGGUUGAUGUUGAUUCCCCAGACAUUCAAGUCUAUGUCAAGUAUUUUGACAUCACUUUGAUACCAUCUACUGUGUUUUUCUUCAAUGCCCAUCACAUGAAAAUGGAUUCUGGGACUGCAGAUCAUACUAAAUGGGUUGGUGCUUUUCACAAAAAGCAAGACUUCAUAGAUGUUGUAGAGGCAAUAUUCAGAGGAGCAAUGAAAGGAAAGCUUAUUGUGAAUUGCCCGCUCCCACCUGAACGUAUACCAAAAUACCAAUUACUGUACCAGGGUGUCUAAAACUUAUAACUCAACCCCUCCCUAGGGGUGGGGAUAAUUUGGCUUGGAAAUAUUCUAAUGAUAGAAACUGUUCUGUUUUUGUUCUCGUCUUCUCUUUUGCAAAAGCGAGCCAUGUAUAUAUUGGAACACUAAAUAGUGCAUACUCAUACUUAAAUUGGUAGGAAAUGAGGCCCAUUAUCCGAUCAUAAAGCAAUGUCAAUUCGUCCAAGUACUUGGAUGAUCUUUGUCUUGCUCACAUCUUCCUGUUCGAGCAUCUUGAAUGAGAAGGGAGGUAUAUCUGUUGUGCAAAUUUGGCUAAUAUCCAUGACAUUGCUAAGUUGAUCAACGAAAAUUAUCCUGAGUACAAUGUCCCCACUAAGUUCAAGAAUAUUCCAGCUCAAUUGGAUGUUGUCAGAUUUUCAUCAAAGAAGAUCAAAGACAUGUGAUUCCAAUUUAAGUACGCCUUAGAGGAUAUGUACACUGGAACAAUCGACACAUGCAGAGAAAAAGGACUUCUUCCUAAGCAUGAAGAAACUCUAGGCAAUGGCAUAAUGCAAAAAUAAUUACUACGCUUUUGUCUUUGUCACUGUGAUAUUGGCUAUGGAUCUUCCAUUUCUCGUUUCGUUCUUGAUUAAGGUUUCUGUGUUAGACUGUUAGUAGUUUGUAAGGCCAGUUUGUAAGGCAAGGUUUCUGUGUUAGUGGUUUGUAAGAGCUUCCUCUGCUUCCUGCUU